AUGAACAAUAAAUAUUCAAUUUUUGAAGUAGGCUUAGAAGAGGAUACUUCAGACGUUAAUGAAUCACAAAAGUCUAAAAAUGAAAGUAUAGUUUCUGAAACAAAUAGUAAGAUAGACAAAAGUGUGGAAGAAAAUAGUGAAAUAGAUAAAAGUGUAGAGGAAAAUAGCAAAAUAGAUGAAAAUGCUGCUGAAAGACAAGUUCAGAACUAUAUGAUAGAAGUUGGGUUUAAUUUAGUCAAAUGUCAUCUUGAAAAGAAUAAACAUGGUGAAAUUAUAUAUUAUACAUUUGAAUAUAAGAAUUCAGGUAAAUAUCAAGCAAAAAAAAAUGCUAAUAAUGAAGAUAUUUGUGAAUGUAAAAAUGCAAAGAUGAAUUGUUCUUGGAGGGUCAACUUUAAUUUAUCUGGUGGUGCUGUAUAUAUUACUUUAUUGAAUGAAGUACAUAAUCAUUCAUUAUAUAAGAACAUACAAGAUAUCUCAUCAAAACAUCGUUACCUUAGCACUGAAAUAUUUAAAAAAGUUGAAUUUCUU